GUAGAUUCCAGUUAGAGCAGCUGACAGAUUCUUUAACUCAGAUGGUUUGAACAAGAGAAUAUUGCUGUAUUUGAAUGAUUUAAUUUAUGUCGUUUUUAAAAUAUAUUUCUAAUACUCCUAAUGAAUCUAGCAAGCGAAGGUGGUGAUCCGUCAAGUGGAGUUUUCUUUGUCAAUUUUAAUCAGAAUGUAACAUCAUUAGCAGUAGGUACUAAAAGUGGAUAUAAGCUUUAUUCACUUGGUCAUGUUGAACAGUUAGAUCAGAUUUAUAUUAAUGAGGAAAUAAAAGAUGUCUGCAUUGUGGAAAGACAUUUUUCUUCCAGUUUGGUUGCAAUUGUCAGUUUAUCUUCUCCAAGAAAACUUAAAGUUUGUCACUUCAAGAAGGGAACAGAAAUAUGUAACUACAGCUAUUCCAACACAAUUUUAGCUGUGAAGUUAAAUCGGCUUCGAUUAGUAGUAUGUCUGGAGGAAAGUCUGUAUAUACAUAAUCUUCGUGACAUGAAAGUUUUACAUACAAUUCGUGAUACACCCCCUAAUCCACGUGGUUUGUGUUCCCUAUCUAUUAAUACUGAUAGAUGUUAUUUGGCAUAUCCAGGAAGUAGCACAAUAGGAGAAGUACAGAUAUUUGAUGCAAAUACAUUGCAAACAAAACUUAUGAUUCCUGCUCAUGAUAAUCCAUUAGCAGCAUUAGCAUUUGAUCCAAAUGGUAUGAAAUUGGCAACAGCUUCAGAAAAAGGUACUGUGAUUAGAGUAUUUGGUGCUUCAGAUGGGCAAAAGCUUUAUGAAUUCAGAAGAGGAAUGAAAAGAUGUGUCAAUAUAUAUUCCCUUUCAUUUAGUGAAGAUUCUUUGUUUCUAUGUGCUUCAAGUAAUACAGAAACUGUGCAUAUAUUUAAAUUAGAAAAUCCUAAAGAACUAAAACCUACAGAAGAGCCACAAGGGUGGAUUGGUUAUUUUGGGAGAGCAUUAAUGAAUUCUGCCAGUUAUUUACCAUCUCAAGUUACAGAAAUGUUCAGUCAAGGACGUGCAUUUGCUACUGUUCAUUUACCUUUUUCAGGACUGAAGAAUGUCUGUGCAUUGGCUAUAAUCCAGAAAUGUCCUAGAGUGUUAGUGGCCUCAGCUGAUGGAUUUUUAUAUAUUUAUAAUUUUGACCCAAUUGAAGGAGGAGAUUGUACAUUGAUUAAGCAACAUAGAGUUGACGGAUGUGAAGAUGAUAAAGUUGUACCUGUUACUGCAGCUACAUCUAUUUCACCUGUUUCAUCUGGAGGCGAUCUUGGUUCACCUGGAAAAACAAUUGAAAACCCUACUUAUUCUGGGGCUACAAGCUAUGCUGCAGCUGUUCGAGGGGCUGACACUGGGUCCUCCUCAGCAGUUUCAGAACCGACUACAUCUUCUCCUCCAAAAACAAAGUCAAUCGGAAGCAUCGGGAUGUCCGAGACACCACCGAAAUCGAGUUUACGGCUAGACGACGAUAACGAAUUUCCUCCCGUCACCCACAAAACUGACUGAGUUAAACCAAACAAACAUAAUAUCAAAUUGGGAAAUAACAAUAGUGUUCAUGGCUUCUGUUCCAAAAGUGGAAGAAAUGUUUUUUGGACAUCAAAAUCAUACAUGAUAGCGCACGAAAAAAAA